AUGCGAACUCAAAUCUGGAUGGCCCUGUUGACCGGUGCGUGCGCCGUGCACGGCGCGACGGCGCAAAACGUCACCGUCUAUGGCCCGGGCGAGCUGCCCGAGGGUACCACCGAGACAUUUCUGGCCUGCCUGACCAGCCUGGAGACCAGCUACCGCGUAUACGUGGACGCCGGGGUGACGGUGAUCCUCCCGCCGGGAAGCAACCAAACCAUUACGCUGGACGGAGCGGACAGCGGGCUCUACGACUGCCUGACCAUCUCCGAGGUGAUGACGGGGUUGCAAGUCGCCGUCGAGGACACGGUCGAAGCCGACACGAAUCAGGAGGAGAACAGCCUUUCCGUGAGGGCGGUGACCUACGCGUGGCUUCUCGCGAAGGGCGCCCAAGGCCAAACGCCGAUCGGGACCCGGCUGUCCGCCAGCGCCAACAGCACCACCACCAACGACGAGGAUCUCGGGCGACGGGACGAUCCCCGGGGGCUGGCGAAGCGCACCCACUACCACUACUACGGCUACCUGUCGGACUACUCGGCCUGCACGGACUCGGCGCUGGUAACCCGCUACGGCAGCACCUGCUACAACCACAACCAGGCCUACUACGGAGUGCGGUUCGAGAACGCCUUCGCCGAGAAGAUCCUCACCAUGAUCAUCUGGCCGCACCACCGCUGCGAGAACGGCAACGUGCGCUCCUUCACCGUCGCGCCCCUGUCGGUCAGUGCCUGCCAGUCGCGCACGACCUACUCCUAUUAUGGUCAUUAUGUCACCUGCAAAUGUACCUAG